GGUGGCGCGAUUUAGGAAGUGAGAGAGGCGUGUUUGUUUUAAGUACAAAAUUGUCAAUAAUUAAAUUUUUUUAUAUUAACUGCGUUGAAACUCUAACAUUUUUUAAGCAAACAAUAGAUUUAUAAAUAUUUUGCUUUAAAUAUUUAUUAUAAUCAAUUAUUAACAAAUAAGCGACCAAGAAAAGCAUAAUAAACUAUAAAUGUGAUCAAAAUAGAUAACCUAUAUUUAUCCGAUGUUUCUGCAUCUUUUUCAUUGUUUCUUAUAAAAAUGGAAAAUUCAACCAUGAAAAGAAGUCCUAUGCCGGAUAAUGAAGUGAAGAUUCUGGAACCAAUAUUAGUAAGAUUAAAUAGAAAUGGUGCUGCAGCUCGUGAUAUUCAUAUUGAUAAAUCUGAGUUCAAAAUAGGAAGAGCAAGAGAUAACGAUGAGAUUAUAUUGGAUACAUUGAUAUCUAGAAAACAUUGUAUUAUAAGAUAUGAAGGGAAUGGUGAAUGGACUAUCAAAGAUUUAAGUUCUAGUUAUACUUUUGUUAAUGAUGUUGUUCUUGAAUCAGGAAGUACAAGAAAAAUUUUGGUUGGAGAUAUUAUUCAACUUAGUGCAAAUAGCAAUUAUAAAUAUGUGUUUACUCUUAAUCUUACGGAAGAAACCAAUCCUAAGAAGCAGCGAAUUGACAAACAAUUAUUUAACGACGUCUUGACAGAGCAAAGGACAUUUGUUGAAAGUCAUGAAAAUCAGAGAAAAGAAUUAAAAGAUAAGUUAGAAACUAAGCAAAAAGAACAAUUAGAGUUAAAAGAAGAAUUGAAUAUUUUGUUGAAACAAUGGGAUAUGGUACAUGAUGAUAAGGAAGAUUUAAAGAAUCAGAUUGUAGAAUUAGAAGAUAAAAUAGCAGCUGGUAAUAACCAAGAAAAAUAUUUACAAAAUAUGUAUUCUAAAUUACUGAAAAAGUUAGAAAAUGAAAGGACUCAAUUUGAAGCUCGUUUAAAUGAAGAGAGACAAAAAUGGCAAGAGGCACUUGAUAUAAGUAAACAAGAAAAAGAAUUAUUGGAAAUUAAAAUGAAAGAACAAAUGGAAAAAUGGAGGGAAGAGCAACAAGCAGAAUGGAAGAAUAUGAUGGAGAAUAGAGUUAAGGAAGAGAAAAAUAUCCAAGCGCAAUUAUUAACUGAAAAAAUUGAACUAGAAGAAAAGCUUAAAGAAACUGAAAAAGCUUUAAAAGAUAAAGAAAUUAAAUCAGUCUCUGUACGAUCACAAAAUGCACCUGGAUCUAGCAUGCUUAAGGAAGACAGUUGUAUAUUGCUUGAAGUUGUGGAUACCUCGAAUCUACGUAUUAUAGAUACUAUAGAUCUGACAGAAAAUAAUAUGGACAAUAUCAUCAUAUCCAAAGAUGCAAUGGACACAGUUAGUAAUAUAAUGGACGAACAAUUGACAUGUAGUGUAUGCUCUGAAUUAUUUAUAAAAGCAACGACUUUGAAUUGUAUGCAUACAUUCUGUCUUCAUUGUAUUAAUACAUGGAAUAAGAAACGCAGAGAAUGUCCAGUUUGUCGAGCUCCAGUUAAAUCAAUGAACAGGUCUUUAGUUGUAGAUAAUUUCAUAGAAAAGAUGUUAGAUAAAUUACCUAUGCAUAUGAAGGAUAGAAGAGCGGAAAUUGCAGAAGAACGUAAAGCAUUAGAAAAGAAGAAAAACGUCCGUAAAAAAUAAGAAAUAGAAUAAGACACAAAAUUGUAAAAUAUAUAACACGUGAAUUAUACAAUGUACAUACUUAAAAUAAUUUUUUUAUUCUAUUUAAUAUCUGCUUUGAGCGAAGGAAAAAGAAAAGCUUUGGUUAUGUUAUGACUUCUUGUAUAAUAGGACACAGUUAUGUUUACAAUUUAUUUGAGAAAUAUGUAAAGCAUAUUAGUUAAGAAAGUAUCAUGAAAAUGUUUUUAUAUUGAAAACUAUAAAAAAGAAAAAAAUACUAAAAAUGAA